GCGUCAUUGACGUAUCUCUUGUCGUUCCUCUUGCUCUGUCUUUUUUUUUUCUCAAUCGAACGUACCUCAGCCGUUUUAAACUUGGGAAAAACAGUGUUGUCAUUACGUUUAGUUUUCCCCUUUAACUUUUCAUAUCAUCACAGUCAGAGCAGCGUCUCUUGCCCCCUGUUUAUUCUUCUUCUCCCGUGUGUGUGUGUGUGUGUGUGCGUCGCCGCCGUACACGGUCCUCAGCCUAUUUCUGCAAGAACCGUCAGUUCCGAGUGCCGCACUUCCGCCAUCGGAUCGAAUGCAAAAGAACCACCCACAAGAUCAACGAACGAAGUAAAUAGCAGCACAGAGGGGAAAGCGAGACGAGCCACAAAAAGGAAAGAAUGCGUUCGUUUCUCCGUCCCGCGAGCAGAGGCGUGCUCGCCUCGACGGCGUCCGCGACGUGCGUCGUCGCGUCCUUCCGCACCGUCUUUGUGCGGGAGUCGUGGACACCCGUGACUCUCCAGAGUCCCGACGCCGCCGAGGCGCCGUUCCCCGCGCGCCUGCUGUGGCAGUUCCGGAGCUCCACACCCCGCCACCUCACCCUCUGCGUGCGUGCCCCCGCCCCUCGCCCCGUGGCCCUCAACGCUGGUAGCCGCUUCGAGGACCUCGACGCUUCCGACAGUGCCCCCAAAGCAGCUGGCUCAGAAACCGACGAGGCAGCCGCUGCGCCGCGCAGGCCGGAGGACUUCGUCUACGGGCGGCUUUUCUUGCGCCCCUACGACGUGGCGCAGCUGCUGACGGUUCUGCAGGGGUGGUCCGACGCACCGGCGGUCGUUGAGCGGCCGCGCUCCACGCUGCGAUUGAGCGCGGUGCAGCCGUCCAAGAAGGGAAAAGGCACCUCUUCUUCAUCGAAGCCGCGGGCGGUGCGGCUGACGGCCCGUCUCACGCGCAAGUUACUGCCGCAAAAACCGGAGAAUGGGCGUGUUGGCGGUGCGGGUGCACCGGUUACCCCCAGCACGGACCUCGAUCCCGAGGCGUCGGAGGAUUACCCCGGCUCGGUCUACGCCGACAAAGAGAUGGGCAUCUUGACGGCCGUGCUGUGUGAUGAAGACUUGGUGCUGCUCACUGCCCACCUCGAGAGCGCUCUCAGCGACCUCUUCGCGAUGGAGCAUCGGACAAUUCGCGACGCGGCACGGCGUGCGGUGGAUCGCCAGGGCGUGUCUCGCCCCACGCGUUACGCGGCGCAGCAAGGAGAGGUAACGAGUCGUUUCGCCGCCACCGCGCGCCGGGCCGACGCGCGCGACAGCCGCCUCCAGUUUGGCAGCCACGUUUACCGCUCCAACCAACAGGCCACCGCCGCUGGUGCACAAGGUGCUGCGGCCGUCUCCGGUGCUCACAGCACCAGCACCACUGCUGCGGUCCCCCACGCGACGCGGGACAACUUUUCCAGUGGGGUGGAGAACGUUGCGGCACAAGCGGAGACAAAGGCGGGUGCCGCGCAGUCUAGGGCGGCAACAGCGGCAGCACCACAGGCCGAUGCCGCAGCGGCGGAGAACGACGAAUACGAAGAGGUUGUUGAAGAGGUCGAGGAGGCGGAGGGCGAGGAAGAAGCGCAAGAGGCGCCUGACACGGCACCGGAUCCUAACCAAGCCGAUUCAAACAGGGAGGGCGGCUCAGCCAGCGAGUCCCCUAUCCCCCCCGAGGAAGCUGAAGGCGAUGUUGCGCUGGACGCAGACCUGGACCUCUCCGAGCCUGCGACGCCGUCCACGAGCUAUCGCGUCACCCACACCACAGACCGCGGCAACAUGACGGUAGAGACGGACAGCCGCUACGCCACGGCACGGUUUGUGCGGGAUGGCGGUGUCACCGCCGCUGAGGUACAGGAGGUGCGCCGUAUUGGCGACUUCGACGUGCUACACCGCACGCAGCAGGCCGAAGGGUCGAUGGAGAAGGACGGCGCCCACACCACCGUGCGAGCAACCAACACGACCGGCGCGUUCCGCUCCACCGCCGGCGAGGUGAAAGGGACGUUUGCGUACCAGCGCGUGUCCACGGCAACGGCGACUUCCUCAGCGAUUGCUGCGGCUGCCGCGGCUGCCGCCGCGGCGAUACCGAUCGAAGGCGCAGCCGCUAGUAAGGUGGGGGAUGGCGACGUGGCCGAAGACGAUAUCGCAGCACCUACGAUGGAGGUGAAGGCGACAGAGGUAAAGGACGCAGAGGGCGAGGAGUUGGACGAGGAAAAGGCCGCGGGUAAGGACGGCGGUGCUGCGGCGGAGAAGCCAAAGCGCACGCGUGCAGCGAAGAAAAGCGGCGGCGGUAAGAAGAAGGGCGGGAGGAAGAAGACAAAGAAGGCUUCGCAGCGCAAGUCGACGUCGAAGGCUGCAGCGAGUGAGCCUGCAGCGCAAACGAUGGCGUUUUGA